CUUCUACUUAUUUUGCUCCCUUUGUUCUCCGUCUUUUUUUGCCUUGCUGCAUGAUGGCUGGUUGGCCACAGGAAUGCUCCUUUUGUUUCAGGAAGAAACACACCCAGGAGUUAAGACCAGUUGUGCCCUUCACCCCCUAGUUAGCUAGGGAAAGAGAAGUAAGGGCUCCAGGGCCUUUCACCAAGGCACCACUUAUCUCUCUUAGACAAACAGACACUUCCUGUCUUCCUCUUUCCCCACUGCAUCACAGUCAUCUAGCAGUACUGAACCAGUGUCAUCCUCUGUGGUCCCCAGGACUCCUUAAAGGAGUUGUUUGCACAUGACACCUUAAUUGUGGCAUUUCCUGGUUCUAGAAUUCUUAACAUUGCAACCUUGAGUUCUCCUGAUGUAGUUUUUUUUUAUGGUAUAUACACAAAUUUGUCAUGUGCCCUGUGUUGAUGAGGAAUAUAUUUAUGUGAGUAAAGACCUGACUCUGCAUUCCUUAUGCACCCAAAACGCCUACUGGAGGGAGUUCUGAGUGCAGAGAAUGCCCAGUUAGAGGAUUUAGACAAUUUUCAUUAAUUUUAGUGGAAGUUAUGGUUGGAAUUUUCAAAGGAGUUUAAGGACAUUAGGUGAAAUUCACUUCCCAGUGAAUUUCAGUGGCAUUUGGGUACCUAACUCCUUGGGCUCCUUUGGAAGUCUCAGCCUUUGCAUCAAAUCCCCUAGAUAAGGGGUUCUCAACCUUUUUCUUUCUGAGGCCCCCCACAACAUGCUGUAAAAACUCCAUGGCCCAUCUGUGCCACAAUAAGUGGUUUUCUGCAUAUAAAAGUCAGGGCAGGCAGGGGAAGCAAGGAGGGCAAUUGCUUGGGACCCCAUGCCACAGGGGCCCCCGCAAGGCUACAUUGCUCAGGCUUUGGCUUCAGCCCUGGGCAACGGGGCUCAGGGUCCUGGGCUUCACCCCUAUACGGUGGGGCUUUCAGCUUUCUGAACCCCAGCAAGUCUAACCCUGACCAUGCUUGGAGGACCACCUGAAACAUUCUUGUGCCCCCCAGACCCCUGGUUGAGAACUACUGCCCUAGAUGGCUUUGAAAAAUCUCUACCUGUAUCUAUAAAACAGAGACCUUUAUUGCAUUCAUUGCAUCUAGCUUGUUCUGUUUCUUGUGAAAUGAUCAUAAAUCUCUCCUUGCUACAGCUCAUUCUACUGUCUUGGUGUAUAUAGUGCCCUUCCUUUAAACUCCAGGUCUGAGACUGUUUAUGUCACCCAGCCUAGACGAUGUCAAGUGUCAGAUGUCCCCAGAGCAUUCAUUCAGCGGACAAGUAUGCCAGAGUCAGUGCUGUACUGCUCUCUCCAUGAUCCAGGUACCCCCUGCCCACCUGGCUACAACAACAACAAGACAGUGUCCAUAUGGGGCUACGGAGGGCGAAUGGAAAUGACAGCUUCCAAGUUCAUGAGCAUGCAGCGUGCUUUCCAGCCAGAUUGGCUUCAGUGCCUCUCUGACGGAGACACUAUUUCUGGUGAAACCUCCAGAAAGCGGGCCAAGAAGUCUGUGGACCGGUCACUUUCCUUCCUGGAUGAGUGCCUUAAGCUGCAGGAGAAAUCACCGGAGCUGCAGGGCAGCAUGAUGGUUGGAGUGAUCGAAGGUGGGGACGUGUUGGAGGAGAGACUCAGGUCGGCUAGAGAGACUGCCAAGCGACCUGUGGGUGGUUUCCUGCUGGAUGGUUUUCAGGGACAAGCCAUGGCCAAGGAGACCAAGCUGAAACUGAUGGCUUCUGUCACAGCGGAGCUGCCGGAGGAUAAACCAAGACUCAUUCAUGGCAUUGGCAAGCCGGAUGAGGUACUCGAAUGCAUUGAAAGAGGAGUGGACGUGUUUGAGAGCUUUUUUCCCUACCAGGUGACAGAGCGGGGCUGUGCCCUAUCCUUCAGCUACGAUUACAAUCCUGACCCUGAAGCUGCAGUCAGUAAACAAAAUGGGAUCCAGGAUGCAGGAAAAAAUGGCACUGAAAAAGACAUAAAUGAAACCUCAAAAGCUGACCCAGAAAUAACUUUGUUCGAGAUAUUUUUGAAAGAGAAAAGGUACCGGGAUGAUUUUGGUCCCUUGGUGCACGGAUGCACCUGUUACUGCUGUCAGAACCAUAGUCGAGCCUACGUCCAUCACCUCCUGGUGACCAAUGAGCUGUUGGCUGGUGUCCUGCUCAUGAUGCAUAACUUUCAGCACUACUUCAGCUUCUUCCACUCCAUCCGAGAUGCACUGAGAGAUGACAGGCUGGAUCAGCUGAAGGAGCUCAUCUUCAGGCAGGCACUCUGAGACCCAGGAAAUGCAUAGCCAGGCCAGUGAGUGUGGGGGAGAAGAGGUGAGCGAGAACUAGUGAAGGGGGGAAGGCUCCAGGUUUUGUCACUUCCCAAGGGGAUCAUAUUAUCUGGAGUGCCUGCAGUGUAUUCUGGAUUUGUGAGGCUAGACGACAGGAAAGGAAGAUUUUUCCCCUCACACCAGUUAAGUGGAGGAAUUGGAAGGGAGACUAGCUGGAAAAGACCCUCUAGAGGCUUGCAGGACCAGUGCAACUACCUUUUGUAUUCAGUGAUCAAACAGCAUUUCUGGGGGCAACAGAACUCUCAGGCUUGGGGUGGGGAGAAAAGGAGACAGAUGCAUUAUGGGAGACUCCCAGCUGCCAUUUUGGGCUGUUGCUUCAACCUCAGUGAAUGAAACAGAUGAAUGUCAGUCUAAUUAGGAUUUGUAUCUCUUUAAAGAAAUCCUUGUGGGGGACAAGGGAAGGGAUAGUCUUCACGUAUUUGCUUGGAAUGAGGUUCAGCCUCAUCCUAACACCUCUCUUCUCAAGGCCACAGCUAACAUUCCUCCUACUGAUGUUGACUGCAUGGGAGGCUUUCGAAGCUGUUCAAUGCCAGCCCCUCUUCCUCCUCUUCUCCAUGCUGCCUCACAGUUCCAGUCCAGGGAGAGAGGGAUAGUAUAUAGCUUAUAGCUAUCUCCCAUGUCGCAGUUCAGAGCAUUGCCAAUAAGCCAACACACCAAUCCCCCUUGGUAGCUUGGGACCCUCCAACCUAGGUCUGGCCUUGCAUGGUACUGCAGAGCAUCAGCCACAGGGCUGGUCCCCAUCCGUGGCUCUUUGGGCAUUCGAUCUGUAGUCUUUCUGGCUAUAUAUUCUGCUACAGGGUUUUUUGACUCUGCCAUUCUGCCUUCAUGAGCUAGAAUCUCACUCCCAGAUUGGCAUGUGGAUAGCACUGAACAUGCUACAGUCACGUUGGCUAUAUUUGGCUGCUGAGAUCCUAGUGGAUUACACAAACGCUGAUGUGAGAUGAAGCCACAUAAAUGAUUGAAACCCCACAGAACAAGGCAUUGUUUUAAAACCAUAUGAUUCCUUUUUUAAUAUUAUUUUUCUCUGUUAUAUUCCUCUUACUAGGUUUUUUAUGUCCCUUAUACUGGAAUCAUUGAUGUAUUUAUCUCAUUUUAUGAAAACAUCAAUAAAACUAUUUUUCACAUUCUGAAUUUCUUCCUAGUCUGACCAACCGACCAUAGGCCAUACGGUUUCCCUGUAUUAAUUCC